AUGAAAAAGUCAAGCUUGCGUCGCGGCUAUGUUGCUGGCUGGCCUGGUCUUGCGUGGUACAACGUCGCGUUUCUGGUGCUUACGUAUGUCGUGCCCGUGUUCACCAUGGCGGCGACCUACACGCGCAUGAGUCGCGAAUUGUGGGGUUCUGGCUGCAUCGGGGAGUUCACUGAGCACCAGCACAACGCACUGCGCAACAAGCAAAAGGUUGUGCGUAUGCUGUUCACCGUGGUAUUCCUGUUCACCGUGUGCUGGCUUCCCUACCACGUCUACUUCCUGUACGUGUUCCACCACCCCAGCGUAGUGCACUCGGAUGACAUCCAACACGUGUAUCUGGCUAUGUACUGGCUCGCAAUGUCGCACGCCAUGUACAACCCCAUCGUCUACUACUUCAUGAACCACAGGUUCAACCAGUACUUCCGCCAGUGUCUCUGUUGUUGCUGCACCCUGCUGCCGGACGCGCCAGCUGCGCGAAGCCUUUCCGGGACGGCCCGCUCCAGCCAGAACAACUGCAGCAAUCUGCGGGGCCGCAUGGCGUUUCGCGCCAAGAUCAGAACGGAUCUGGAAGAAAGGAACCAGACGCCACUGGCGGCUACCGUGCAAAAAUCCGCUGGCCAGGAAGUCCUGACGCCCGUCCACAGGACACUACAUUUCGCCGAGCACACGGCAUGAAGUGUACGGGUGCAGUGGUGUGGUACAACGAAUCAAUACCGUCUGCCGAGUCGAAGUGACAGUGGUGUUUACUUUAAGAACUAAACGUCUGUUGACUCUUCCAUUUCCACGGGAAGUGUAAUGUUUCUCUCCUCUUAAGCAGAGACUAUCACCAUACUCGAAAUGCAGUUGCCUUUUGCGAUUACAGCACGGCGAUUUGAGCACUACUGUGAAGUGAAAAUGUGCCCUCGAACACAUAUGUACAUAAAUCUAGGGGGAGGUGCUCCAAAUGGCUGUCUUGUAACGCUCUUGUCUACUGCGCUUGUUCAUCCUCUCAUUCGCAGUUGAAGGAGUCCCCGCGUUAAAACUUCAAACUUUCUAUUUAUUUCCCUUCUAGGUCUUUUGUAGGGCUGAUGCCAAAAACCGCUCAAAAUAGACAUACCUUGCGGAAAAAUUCUUUAAAAAAAAGUAAGUGGUUCACUUGGCUUCCAACAGUAGUAGUCUCAUUAGAACUGCAUGCUGAGCACAUUGCUGCGAUAUCUUCAUCGCACACGACUAGUAGAUAGAAAUCAAUUGGCUGUGCUGAAUGCAGUGAGCUUCUAUGGGGGGAACAUGAUCCGUGCACUUAUGGCAGCCUCGUACUGGUGAGCAAGUGAUCCUGCGUUCGAGUCCACUCAGCCAAUUUUCGAAAUCUGAUAAUAACAUAAGGAGACAUUGGGGCGGAUGUUUUAACGCUGCAGAGGUCCGGAAGCCACAUUACUCACUUAAAAUAAAAAUUAUUAUUGUUACAAUAAAAUAAUUUAUGAACCGCACAUACGUAUUUUCGUAACUGCCAGAAAUUUAUUAGCUUUGCUCAAUUGACGGAUUGACUAUGGUGACUGAUUACGAACGAGCAAUUUCGCUGUGACUGGACGAAAAGAGCCCACGUUGGGAAGCUGUGCUUGCUGUUAUGCCUGCGACCGAACUACGGAUAGGGAAUUGGGAAUGAAUCCUGUUCGCCUCACUGUGUUGAAUUCACUGUGGUGAUAUGUCGUUCAUGUGUAUGAUAUGGCGUUAUAAAAUAAUUAUUCAGAGUU